UUGAAAUACCGUUUGGAUAAUUUUCCCGCCAAAACAUGGAGAAUCGACGGAGAUUGCAGGAUUCGGCAUCUGAAUCAACUUCUUCGAUCGGCGCAAAGCUUUCGAGACUAGCUUCGCGGCAGGAGGAAGUGAAGAUUGCUUAUCACCAACUCAAAUCGCAGAUCAAAAUCGGUUUGGCCGAAGCAGAGGAUGUCUUCUCUUCCUUGGCGAUUCCUUUGAUGAAGUUGGUUGGUUUGAAAACAGAGGAAAUGGCUGAAGAAGGACGGUUCACCGCGAUCAUCGUCGAUGCUGAUUUCUCUCCUGGCCAGGAAUUCCAUAGGAAUGGUCUGAGUCUCACACCUGAAUCACCAACUGCAGCUGGAGGAGAAUGGAACGAUCAGAUUUACAGAAAGGAAGAAAACUGUGCUGCUAAGGCAAUAAUAGCAGGCAAAGAAUUUUAUGAGAAGCAAGAAACACAGUUACUGCAGCUUGUCCACCUGCUUAGACAAGUGGAAAACCGAGUCAAUUCUCACCAGGAUGACAUUCUUCAAAGCCUUGCCACUCAACGGGGCUCCCUUCAAAACCUUUUCCGCAAAGCAGUUUAUUAUAUAUCUGCUUUUCAUAGUCAAAACCAUGACAUCUUUCUAAUCACGCAGAAGCUUCUUCAACUCAUAUUUUAUAAAACAGAUGCAGUACUUAGCUCAGUUGAGGAUAACGUGCAGGGACUAAUGCAAGACUUAGCUGAACGAAUGUGUAACCCAAUGGUAGAGUAUGUCAAAGGCCUGAGAGCUGAUUUGAAGAUUGGAACAUGUGCACGUUUGCUGGACACUGUGGAUGAGAUGGAAAGAUGUAUGAGAAAUGGUAGGAUUGAGUUAGAGGAAGCAAGGAAGAAGGUCAGAGUAGCAGAGGAGGGGAGGAUCAAGGCAUUGUGCAAGUUAAAGGAGACCGAAGAAAAAGUUAGGAAAAUGAAGCAAUACCAUGAGUUCAUUGCUGCAAUACAAAACCAGCAUAUUGAACAACUUGCCUCAAGCAAGUUCUUAGGCGUGGAGGAAGCUAAUGCAAACGAUCACAAUCUAGUAUGGGAACUAGAGAGGAAGAUGAGGAAAUUUCGAACACCUGGGAGUCCAAUGGGGCUUAAAGAACUUGUCGACUAUGAGAGAAAAAAGAAGCACCAUCAAUCUACAAGAGCAAGGUCUUCAUUACAUCACAGGCCAGUGAUUCAGAAUAAUGUGCAAGCUCUGGGUCCAGAAACCCCAUGCGUCGACGCUCGGAUCCCCUUGGGUUUAUCACCUUCAUCGGCAGUGCAGCAAGUGGUUUCACGCAAGCGCAUCAACCCCUACCCCUUCAAUCCUUGAUGUCUUGUAAGUGGUUUGAUGAUUUUUCACUAUUUCGAAUUUAAAUGAUCGAAUGGACCCCGGUUUUAUUAUCCUAGUGUUGUGUGUGAACGCUUUUGAGAAAGAUUAGGAAACUUUUAAACCAAGCAUUUGAUGAAA